ACUUGGCCUCGGUCGUCUCCAGCGCCGCCGCCGCCGCUUCCUGUAUGAGGAGUUCGUCGUCCUCCCUCAGGUCCGCCGCUUCCUCCAGGAGCAGCGGCCCUCCACUUCGUUCGCCCGCCCAUCCCCUGCCUGGGCCCGCCACCACCUCCCAAUCUCCCCCUGCGCAGAUCUGGGCCUGCAGAGGAACAACGACAUGGGGAUCUGCUUCUUGGUGGAUAAACUGCAAAGCCUGCGCGGGCAGAUGGCCGUUACGGUGGCUGGCCCCUUAUUGCCUGUGCUUGCCGUUGCUUUUCUUGUCUAAUUGCUGUUGUGCAGUGUGAUGUUGCUUGUGCUUGGGUGCUGCUUCUAGCUACAGGCUACUGCUGGCGCGAGCUGCUGCUGCUUUUGUUGCCUCUGCUAGUGUUUGCCGUGAUUCCUGCUCCUGAUAGCUGCCAGUGCUUGUCAAGAUUUGUUAUAGGAUGUCAACUUGUGAUUGUGAUUGUUGUUUAUUUCUGGCUGCUCUUUGUCUGCGCUCCAUGAAAAUUGUUCCUAGCUGCUCCCCCACCCUUGCAUGUUUCCUCCCAGACAUGAUUUGUAUAGUUGUAAGUUGAUGCAGAUUAAGAGCCAAUAUAUUGGAUUUGGUGACAUAAAAGGUGACUGAGAUUUUGGUAUCUCAAGGAAUACAACGACAGCUAGUACAUGACAUAUCAGCUGAACAUCGAGAAAUGGCACUUCCUUUUCUAAUUAGUUGCACAAAUUCAGGAAUGCAAGGACAAUGCUGCUAAUGUGCAAUUGCAACUGCUCUCAGUUUUGGCAUCUCUAGGUAUUUUCGGGUAGCGGCAGUCUUUGUUCUUGUUCUUGCGUAUCCUUAAGUAUUGCUUGCUCUUUGAAUAUUGCUAAUAGAUAUCUAUUCUGGACGUACGAAGUUGCACUGAACUUGUUCAUUAUUUUGCAGUGCAUGUGUUACUUUUAUUGCGACCAUAUAUCACACAACAUUGUAGAUGAGUAAACAAGACAGCUGAAAAGUAAAUUGCAUAACCUGAUAACCCUAAUUGCAUUAUAUACUGCUUUGCAAUUUUAUUUGAAUAUUGUGCAAAGCAUAUUUUCUUGUCUCAAAUUCAUCAUGUCAUUUUUCGUAGGCCCUAUAGCUGGUUUCUGUUGGGCUUGGGAUAUCUACCUUGAUUAUAUUUAUUUAGCCUGUUAUAAAUUGUUCAAUCUGUAUCUGGUAUUCUUAAGGUAGUAUAUCUGGUUUUUGUUGGGGUACCUAACUUUCUUUGUUUUUCUGUAAUAUGACGUUCUUCCUCUGAUGCAAGCUUAAACAUGGCGGUGCUACCGUGGUGCCAUGUCUGCCUUGUUCUCUAGGGUACUAAGGGCCCCUUUUUGAGUUUUUCCCUCCAUGUGCCAUCAGCCUGCUUGCUGCCAUAGUGAUAAUUCGAUAUCUCAAGGAAUGACAACUAGUAGAUGAUAUAUCACCUGAACAUCUACUACUACUAUCGGCAUGCCUGGCUCACUGGUGAUUAGGAGCCAUGCUUGCUGCCUCCGCACGCCGGAUUGCUGCUGAUCCCAUCACUGGGCAAGGCCUCAUCUGCUUCCUGUCGCUGACAACCCGUACCUGCAGUCGUUCACGCAAGGCACCAGCCAGAAAUGGUGUCAAACAACUUAAUACAGCUAUUUGGAUGUUUCUGUUUUUUUUUUGCAGGGCUGGAUGUUUCUGUUCUAGUUGAUCAGGAGAUAAAUGACUGGCUUGUAGCUUUGAUCUGAAGUCUAUUUGUUAAUGCCUGGAAAGAGCAUGGCACCGCAGGGUAGCUAUACUGCUUGGGCUGUAGUUACAAGUAGAACAGGAAAACAAAUAUGGUUUCGUUUGUGCUACAAAGCUAUUAGUCAUCUCUUCAUCUUCAUUUCUUUUCAAGCUGCACGAUUGUACGUACUGAAUCACCAAGAGUCCAAGACCAUAUUCCCUAUUAUCUUGGUAUGGGCAUCAAAGUCUCUAUAGAAAGUUGUUGGAGGGUUAUAAUGAGAUUGAUUAACUGUGGGCAGUAGGGGCUCUCUACUUGGUCUAUGGAGACAGGAAACGUUUGUGACUGUUGAAUUUACAGUACCUUGAUGUUGAAUUUACAAGAUGCUGAUGUUGGAUUUACUGUCUUGUAGCUUUUGUAAUUUACAGUAGCUCCACAAAGUUUGUGACUGUUGUUUGUACAGUGAGCUAUAUAGAAUGCUUGAUCACAUGAAUUAGUCUGAAUGCAUAUUUACAGUACUCUUAUGUUGAAUUUAUAGUAUACCGAUGGUGGAUUUUACUGUCCUCUAGAUUCUGUAAUUUAUAGUAGCUCCAUAUAGUGCCAUUGUUGUUUGUACAGUUAGUUGAUAUAGAAUGCUUGAUCACAUGAAUUUGUAUGAAUGUAUAUUACAGUUUCCUGAUGUUUCAUUUGUAAUACAUUGAUGAUGGAUUUACGGUCCUAUAGCUUCUGUAAAUUUCAGUAGUUCCUAAAAGUUUGUGACUGCUGUUUUUUACAGUGAGCUGAUAGUGAAUUUUCCAGAGGCCACCUCUUGCUGAGAACACCAUCACUACGUUGCACUCUGAUUUUGCUCUAACUGUUGUCCUCCUAAUAGGCACUAUACUUUCGCUUUCUACUUCUUUUGUUUUGCCAUGUUUGUUACACUUCACCGUGAUUCUUGUAUAGUAGUGUUUUUCUUGUUUGUUGUUCUCGAUGCUGCAACAGUAGUGACUGAAAAUCCAGCGACACUCGAAUAGAAGUUGAAGAAUUCCUGCCCUUCUUCUCUUGUCUUGAACUCCAUGCCAGGUGUGGCUUUAUAACGCUCUCAGUGUUCAUGACAUUUCCUUCUUGUGCUACAGUAUUUUCAUUUUCCAAGAAAUUCUCAAUAACCUCUUCAUUAAAUACUCAUCUUCCUUUUCAGUCUGCUGUAACUGAUGGUUAUCCAUGCUAUUCUCAGUUUCAUUAUUACUCUCUGCGUGUUCCACAUGUGGCACAUUGUCUGAAGUGUAUGAAUUUCCAUGUAACAUGAUGGAUCCUUCAUCUUCAGCUACCUAUAACAAGUGUAUGCUUUUUAUUUAUUUAUUUGUCAAUGAAUGUUUGUUGCUGAUGCUAUCUGAUUAUAUGUUUACAUUUUAGUUUCUCUACUUGAUGUUUCUCAAUUACCUUGUCCAAGCUUAGGUUGUCAAAAAGUCCUACUUCCCAGGGAUUUGAAGAAGCUGGAUCAAUACUCGCUUCAUCUCCUUGUGUUAGUUGCGGGACCUGCAAACAUGGUAGAAGGUCCUCCCCUUCCCCUUUCUCAUUUUCAGCCAGUCAACCAGAGCUGAGAGAGAGGGAGGCAUGGCGAUUUGGAAGGCCCCCCCCUCGCCGCCGGCUCCCCCUCCCCGCCCUCUCCCUGCUGCAUCUCUCCCGUCUGUUCGAGGAUGCUUCAUGUGUUGGUCGCUUCUCAGAUGUGUUUCUAUCGAUGUGUGUUAUGUGUUUGGCGCUCAAAUCUAUUGUUUAUUCCCUCUUGUUAGUUGCAUUUAGCUGUGAUAGGUCCCCACAGGUAUGAUGUAUGUGGUUGUGUUGUCCGUGCGCUUGAUUUAGCUGUGUAUCGUGCAUUCAGGUUGCUAGCGGAUUGCUUCCUGUUGUGUUGGAUUGAGUCUGGAUUUAUGUUCUAAUGAUAGAUAUGACAUAGUUUGUUAUGUCAGUGAUUGCCCGGUCUCGUUUCCUAAUUGAUAGAAAUGAUUUUGUUGGGUGUGACUAGUAGUAACUUACUGGUAUAUUGGUCUCUAAUCCUAUGUUGGUGCAAUUGUUGUUCUUGUGUUUAGAGGGUGUUCAUUUCAUUCAGUUUGUAGUUAAGUUUGCUGUCUAGCCUUAGUUUGUUAUGCCUGCAGUGUAAUUGUGAAUUUCUCUUCUAUUUACAGUCAUCUUAAGGUCUUUUUACAGUGUCUAUGCCGCUGUAAUUUCUAUGACUUUUUCACUAUUUGUUGGGUAAUACAAUUUUUUAACAUGAUAUAUGCAUUAAGCUUUGUUUUCUAUUUUACAGUCUCCUUAUUGUCUAUUUACAGUGUAUAUGCAACUAUUGUAAAAACAAUUUCUCUUCUAGUACAGCAUCUUAAGGACUUUUUACAGUGCGAAUAGAAAUAUUCUAACUUGAUAAGCACAAUAAUUUUGGCUUAUCUAACACUAUAAUUCCAGUCAUCUAGAACUGUAUUUCAAAUGUAAUCCCCACUGUAAUCUCUAUUGAUCAGCAAUGUAAUUCUAGUGGUUUGCUACUGUAAUUCUAGUGGUUUACUAUUGUAAUGUCUAUUGGUUUUUGUAAGUUUUAUUUGAUAAGCACUGUAAUUCUACUGAAUUUUCUACUGUAAUCUCUAUUGGUUUUGAUUGUAAUUUCUCUUUUUAGCUCUGUUUUUGUAUUUGUAAUUUCCAUUUUUUUCCUGGAUUACUACUGUAAUAUAAGAUGCAUGCCUUUGUAAUUAUCUUGCUUGCCAGUAUAAUUCAUUGGUUUUUAGUUGAUUUCGACUUUAAUUUAAGUUGAUUUGCAAUGUAAUUUUAAGUUGUUUCCCACUGUAAUCUCUGUUGCCUUUUUAGUGUAAAUUAUAUCUUGCUCUUCUAGUACUCCCUCCGUAAACUAAUAUAAGAGUGUUUAGAUCACUAAAAUAGUGAUCACUAAAAUAGUGAUCUAAACACUCUUAUAUUAGUUUACAGAGGGAGUAAUUUUUAAUUUUCAUGCCGUUUGCAUCUGCCUCUGUAUCUUCAGUGCGAAAUGCACUGUAUUCUCAUCUUGCUUAUUAAUGUAUUUCCAGUGGUUUAGCAUUGUAAUUUAAAUGUAAUUACAUAGUUAUUUUCCGCGGGUUUACUAUUGUAAUCUAUAGUGAUUUUUCCUGUAAUUAGCCUGGUUUAGUUAUGUAAUCUUCUUGUUAGUAUUCUGUUUUCUUGAUGAAUGUGCUAAUGUGAUUUCUUCAUUGAUGAAUGCUUCGCCAUUCUGAGUUGCAUGCCCAUCUCAAGUUACAAAGGCAGGCAACAUAUAACCCUGCUCCUCCAGUGUGCAUUGGCAGCAAGAAAGAAAGUAGGUUUCUAGCGAGCUAUUUUCAUGUUAGUUGUGUUUCCUUUUUGUUUUUUAAGUUGUCUGCCAUUGUAAUUUAUGUUGCUUGCCAGUGUAUUCCAUUUCCAUUUACUGUAGGCCUGCCUUUGAAAUUUUAGUUGAUCGCCUCCAUAAUUUAUGUUGCUUGUGAGUGUAUAUUUUCUCUUACUGUUUAUAUUCAGUGAUAGUAGCGUAAGCAGUUUAGUGUAUUCUUUUUGUCUACUAAAAUGCAACUUGAUUCUAGAACAAUAGGAACUACCCAUGAAAUAAUUUCAUUUGUAAAAUGUAAUAAGCCCGAAUGCAGUAAAGCGUGGACUAUGCAUGCCUGAAUUUUUUACAAGAUUUUCGAUAGUAAUUGUCUUACAGAACUACAGUAUUUUUUUCAACCAUAGUUCUUGGUGUCUUUUCCAGUCUAGUCUUUCAAGUUUUGUACUGUUUAUUUUGGACAUUCGUACAGUGCCUAUGUUUCUGAAUUACAUUGUAAUCUAACUUGUAAUUAACAAGCCAGGAUGCCGUAAAUAUUAUAGUCACAGUAAUUGCAAAGAGAAGCUCACAGCAAGUUGAUCGAGAAGUCACGGUAAUUUGAGCUCUUGUAUAGUGCCAAAGUUUCUGAAAUUCUGUCUUUUGUUCCUUGAAUUUUUGUUUGAUCAUUUCCCAAUUGAUUUAUAUGAACAUCUUUCCCCCCUUAGUCUCUUGACCCUACACUGUGUUGCUUGGUUCUUCUAUCUUUUCUGUAGCAUCUAAGAAGAUUUCCAUAGUUCGAACGCCAAUUAGUAUCAGUGCAUAGCCUGAUUUUUUCAGUCUAUUUUGUGAACAUUAGUUUCAGUGUGAACUUCUUUGUAAUUUCAAUUAAACUUCACAGUAAUUCAAACUUCAAGUCACAGGAAUUUGUAACAGUGAGUUUCUGGAAUACAGUUUUUUGUUCCUAGACUUUUUGUUUGAGCAUUUUCACAGUUGAUCCACAACUUUCUGAUCAUGUUUUCUUCUUGAUCUGACUAGUUUUCUGCCUGUGCAACUAUUCUCUCUCCUUCCUCCAUCCUCUUCCUCUUUCUUAUCUGAUCAUAAAUCACACAUUGUUUCUGGUUUCUCUUUAUUUUUACUGAAGUUCCAAUAUCUUUGUUGUAAUUUGGCUGUAGUGACUGUAAUUUUAGUAAAAUGAGCAUUGUAAAUUCAUCGAAACUGAAUAUGUGAUACGCUAUAGAGGUUCACUGUAAAUUUCAACUGAAGCCAUUGUAAAUACAAAAGUAGCUGCAAUUUAAAGUGUAACUGUAAAGCUUAAUGAUGAUGAAAUUUUCAGUAUGUGAUGAUUAAUUUACAGUAGCUUGUUGAUAAAUUUACAGCAGCCACAUGAUGAAUUUGCUGGUCUUUUGAUGAAUUUACAGUAUUUGUUGAUCAUUUUACAGCAGGUUGAUGAUGAUUUUACAGCAGCCUAAUGAUGAAUUUACAGUAUGUUUGUGUUCAGGAGUUUCUUCCACAAGUAUCAACUUGAGAUCUUUGAUGAUGCCAUGAGAAUUUCGUGUUCUCUUCCAAAAGUGUGUGAAGAAGAACAAAAAUGUCAAUAAUCUAGAGAAGGUUGUGAGUAGUGACCUGGCAGUGUUGCUUUUUGGGCCCUUGCGUUGCUUACUCAUGGAUAGAGCGCACAGGUCAUACAAACAUGUGUCACAUUUGUAGUGCCUGAUAAAAUUGAUUGAAUGUCUCUUUAUUUUCAGUCAAAGUUUUUGCCCGUUGGACAUGUGACAUACAUACAGAUAGGUGUCAGAUUGUUACUGGUUGGCAUAUUUGAUUGAAGGCCAGUUCAAUUUCAGUGAAUUGUAAUAUAGACACUCGUUUUUUUUAACUUAAUAUAUAGCUGGAACACUGCUUACGCUCUGACGUUAGCAAAAUAACCAGACUAAACAAUAGGACAGGGAACAGAAUGUACAGGGGCGCUUCAAAGAUUUGUUCCACUUUUGGAUGUAAUCUCCGGGAAAAUAUCAGGUGAUACUGUCUCCUUACCUGCCGGCAUACCAAACCCCAGGACCUGACUGCAUUGUGUCGAUGGGAGACUGUACCUUAAAAGAUUUGUUGCAUUUCCUGCUUCCAAUAUGUUUCAGCAUGCAUGAACGGCAACCAACACUUGCCUUGCCAGAGCCGUGUGCUGCCAUCCAUCGCCGCUGUAUUGUAUCCCAUCUGCCGUGAGUAAUCUGCCUUGCAGCAUAAGCCAAGUGGAGAACUGGCGGCAUUGGGAUUUUGUUGGGCCCACCCUGCCAGGCUAGCUAGCUAUAUAGUCAUCAGGUGCCAUAAACGCAUCCCUAUCGAACCAAUUCAGUCCAGCAAAUACCCCCCCGGGCGCGCGCGCGAGAGAGAGGGAGAUGGCGGAGGAGGCGGCAUGGCGGGUGGAGCUCCGGGCCCGGUUGACCUCCGUCCAGGAGGAUGUCGACGGGCUCUUCUCGAGGCUUGACCGGAGCGUCGCCGCUCUCGAGCAGGAGCGGCUCCACGGCCGCGACGCGCCGACCACCACGAGUGCCAGCGCUCGGGGGACGGUCGAGGCGGCGCUCGACGACCUCAGCGAGUUGUGCGCCUCGCUCGGCGUCGCCGCCGCCGACAUGCUCGAGAUCGAGAAGGGAGCGCUCGCCGGAGGAAGCGACGACCAGGCGGCGCCGCUCCUCUCCAUCCAGGACUUUCACGGCCGAGACGAGGGCGCGUUCCACGCCCUCCUCGGGCUCCAGAGUGCGAGGGCGCACGCCGGGGACGCCCGAGGGAGCGUCGAGUCGGCCUGCGGCUUCAUGAGAGCCGCGGGGCUCAUCCUCGGGACUCAGCCACGCCCGCCGCGGGUCGGGGUCAUCCUGAACCACAAGCGAUUGGGGGCUGUCAACGCUCUACGGGGGCGGUCGGGGCGUGGGGUGACUGCCGUGCGGAGGUGCGGGCCGCGAUCCCACAUUUGGUUGCGGCGGAGGACAAUGAGAUAUGGUGGGAGCAGGCUGGCGAGCUGCCUCACGCCGAGGAUGACGCGGAGGUUGAGGGCGACGACGACGCCGAUGAGGGCGAGGAUGACGAGGAGGCCGUGUGGUGGGAGGUCGAUGACGGCGAGGGCUCUGCAUCAGAGGAGGAGGAGGAGGAGGACGCCGGGAGAUCUGAGUUGGACGGCAGCGCCAAGUCCCCGCCGUGAUCGCUUCUACGCACCUCCUGGGGUCGUGAGCCGGACUGCAGUGGAUUCCGGAUGA